GGUCAGUAAUCUUGUGAAAAAUAUCCCAGAAAUGGAAAAUUUUCUCCAGAAAGCCAAGUCUGAUUAUGAGAAGUCAUCAGAAAGUGAUUCAAGACUAGCAGAGCAGCUGAGAAGUCUGAGAGCCAAGGUGGAAGAAGCCAGAAGCUCAAUGCAGGCAGCCAGGAGUAAAGGAAAAGUCAUAGACUCCCUUAUGAAUCUAAAGAAAAAUGGUCAGAUGCCGGGAUUGUUUGGAAGAUUGGGAGACCUUGGUGCUAUCGACAUGAAGUAUGACAUUGCCAUAUCGACUGCGUGUGGAGCUCUAGACCACAUCGUUGUGGACACAGUGACAUCUGCCCAGCGAUGUGUAGAGUAUCUGAAGAAGAACAAUAUUGGGGCAGCUACAUUUAUCUGUCUGGAGAAGAUGCAGAGGUGGAAGGAACACACAAAGAAAAAAAUUCAAACCCCAGAGAAUGUCCCCCGACUGUUUGACUUAGUGAAAACUAAGGAGGAGAAGAUUCUACCUGCCUUUUAUUUUGCCCUGAGGGACACUUUGGUGGCCAAUGAUUUGGACCAGGCUACAAGGAUUGCCUACGGGAAAACUAGAUACAGAGUUGUGACCCUUCAGGGGCAACUACUGGACCAGUCAGGUACUAUGAGUGGGGGAGGAAAAACUGUGUGUAAAGGAAGAAUGGGAUCCUCUAUUGCUUCUGAUGUAGACCCCAAAGAACUCACCAACAUGGAAAACUCACUGGAAAAAGUGACAGCAGAAGCCCAGCAAAGUCGGGCCAACAAAGAAAAGCUGGAGGAUGCAAUCCAACAAAAUCAGAAGGACUUGUCAUUUAUGAAGCACAAAAAAGAGAAAUGUGAACUAGAAAUCAAGGCAUUAGAAGAGCAAAUUACGUCCUUGACCUCCCAGAUUAAAGAACAAGAGGUGAAGGUCAAAGCAGCAGCUCCUGAUGAAAAACAGCUAAAGGAACUGGAGACAAAGGUCAACCAGUACAGAAAAGAUUUUGACAAAGCAAAUGGAGCAGCAUCAAAGGUUGAAGCAGAAGUACAGAAACUCCACAAACAGAUUAUGGACAUUGGUGGGACUAAGAUGAAGGCAGCUCAGGCCUGUGUAGACGCUGUAAAUAACAAGAUUGACACAGUUACUGGACAAAUUACCAAAGCCCAGGUGGGCAUCAAGACCGCAGAAAGAAAUCUGAAGAAAGCCGAAGAAAAAGUCAUCACUGCUGGGGAAGAUAUUGAAGAAAACAAGAAUAAGAUUGAAGAGUUACAGAAACAACUAGAGACUCUGGAGAGUGAUGCUACCAAUGUACUGAAGGCUUAUAAAGAGGCCCAGGACAAGAUGAAGGAGUCGGAGGUGAUUCUAAAUGAAGUUCGGGCUGAGAUUAGUAAACUGGAGAAGGAUGAAAACGAGCUCCAAAAAGACGUAGUGGAUGUACGCCAUGAACUGGAGCGGAUCGAGGGCAUUGUUAAAAGCAACAAACUCAAAGUCAAACACUGGAAAAAAGAGAUGAGCACAUUGUCCUUGACACCAAUUGAUGGUAAAGAGACGGGGGAAUUAACAGAGCUUUCCCCUGAGGCUCUGAAGGACAUAGAUAAGGAGGGGGUGCAGUACGAAAUCACAGUGCUGGAGGAAAAACUGGCGCAAAUGAAACCCAACAUGGCAGCUAUUGCAGAGUAUCGCAAAAAG